AGAGGUCAACUGAUAAUUAGCUCAACAGCCGGCAUUUGAACACCAGCAACGAUAUGCAUCUGUGUCUCUUGCUGUUUGUUUCUAUUUGGACUAUUUCUUCAUCUUCUGAACUGUAUGAUGUCACAACAAUUUACCGCAUUGAUGAGCCUGCUGGAGGAAUUGAGUUCGAUGAAGGUCCAAUGUCUGCAGAGAUUCACGCUAGGACAAAUGCUCUUGGUCUCCCUUACUUGGUAGCUGGUAAUGUGGUAGAGCCAGAGAUUGGUGCUGAGGUGCCAAGAUGUGUCGCUGUCCGUCUAAGUGACAUCCGCUGUGACUGGCAACUAGACAACUGGGACUGGGAUAUCUGGGAGAGUGCACCUCUACUUGAUACAGGCGAUUGGUCGGAGAUCAAGGUGAUGAGUCAAGCGUCCAGGUAUGUACGGUUUGAUGAAGCUCUCUUCAUUCGGUUCAAUGGUUUCAUCCACAAUCAGUCCUACAUCAACAUCGUGUUCACCCAGAAUAGAGCCUACAUUCAGAAUCAAGAAAGGUUCUACUUCCUCCAGCUCACGAGACUUCACCAUAGUUUCUUCUACAGGUGUGACAAUCAGAUCUUUGAGCGCUUCACUCGCUUCCAGGACAUGGAUGGCAACAUCAUCUCAGUCCAUUGUCACAAGCUGGCAAACAUCACUGAUCAGAUGGAAGAAUGGAGCUAUGGAAAAGUGAAUGCAGAAAAUUAUCUCCUAGUGGAGAUAUACAAUAACGGCACAGUCCAACUGUGGAAUACCAAAUCAUUAAAGGCACCAAUGAUGACAUGGGUGGAUCCUCACCCAAUCCCGAUAAAUUUUGUUACUAUGCGCACUGAUGAAGCUGGAGACACCCAAAUCACAGCUACUAACUACGGUAAAGGACAGGUACUAAGAAUGUCAGAGAAUGUGAAUGUAGCUUCUAUCACCAGUCCACCCCUAACUCUGUCCACUAACAAGAUUUGCGUGUCUGUGGUCUACCACACAUACCUUUCUACCACUCCCACAGUGCUGACUGUCGCUUCUGCCAACUUUUCUGUACAUCUGGGUGAACUAAACAAUGAAAAGGAUGGUUGGAAGGUGGGGAGGUUCCGGAUAACACUUCCAGAGAGCAUGACCGGAGAGGAACUCAGGGUACACAUCAAGUCUGUAAAGAACUUGGGAGAGCUGGUGAUACAGAGAAUAGCUGGCUGUAACGCUGACGAUGAUGAGGAUAUAGCAACCAUCUCAAUGCUGGGGCGCUUCUCCUCCCCCAGUGAACGAGAGGCUUAUAAUGUUGCUGUCAGACCAUCCUCCAGUCUGUCAAGUGAUCCACAGUUUAUUAUGGUGGGUGACUGUGAGAAUGGAGGUUUGAUCUUCGACAAGAACAAAUGUGCUUGCCCAGCUGGCUUCACAGGGGACCGUUGUCAAACUGGCUGUGGGGCCAAUCGGUUUGGUCAGGACUGCGGUGGCUUGUGUUCCUUAAGGGAGCAAGCCUGUCGAGGACUCACACUCUGUACGCCAGUAGUGGGCUGCUUCUGUGCUCCAGGGUUCAAAGGCUACCAUUGCAACCAGACAUGUGAAGGGAAAAUGUAUGGAGCAGGGUGUACUCAACGCUGUAACAACUGUGCUGGUAGAUGUGACAUCUACACAGGCGCAUGUACCACUUCGUGCAAACCAGGCUUCUACCCUCCACACUGUAAAACUGUAUACGCCUACAUCCAGUUCGCUCCCCAGGUGACCACCUACAGCUAUGGUGAGGCUACUGUGACCCCUGACCUUAACAGGGUGUUGGGUCAGGGCAAACCAGCCUUCUUCCAAGUGCAGUACAAGCUGUCUGAAGCUCAGCACUGGCAGCCAUACCAAAGUCAGGCCAUCACCGUCUCGGGUGAAUCUCCCCGGGUUGUCAUCCAUGGCCUGGAGGACGGUCUCAGAUAUGAUAUCCGAGUCAUCCUCAUUGAUCAGGACCUCAAUAGUUACCAAGGACCUCUUGUACCUUACAGGCAGAUCCUCACCAAAUGUUAUGUUCCUGAAGAGUAUGACUAUGACUUGAAAAUUGAAACCACCGAAACAACUAUCUCUGUAUCUUGGAAGUACGAGCCAGAGGAGGAGCACAUCUGUCCAGUCGUCAACUACGAACUCAACUGGCAGGAGGGGUGGCGCUGGCUGUCUCACAACGUCACCAACAACACUGCCACAUUGAUCAAUAAACUUCCAGCCACUGAGUACAAGCUGCGAGUCAGGGCUCGCACCACCAACGACUUUGCUCCCUACUCAGACACUGUCACAGUGCGCACGGAUAAACAGAUUCCAGGUCCUGUAUCCAAUGUGAGCCUAUUACAAAGUGACAGCACCUCUAUAACUCUGUCCUGGAAGCCUCCGAUAAACAAGGACGACUAUCGGCUUAGUUACGUUGUUACCUAUGAGUGCCACAAGCGUGCAGCAUGUGACCAUGAGUGUUCUGGGGGAGGGGAGGCUCACGUGUUGGAUCCCCAUAUUACCUUGCAGGGCCUGCAAACCCUAUCCCAGUACCUCAUUUCUGUUGCUGGUGUGGACGGAGCCACCGGACAUAAUACAUCAGUUACAUUUGCCACCAAGCAAUCGGUACCCACAGAAGUUGUGAGAGAGAGUGAGACAGAACCUAACAUUACUGACUCCAGCAUUACAGUUUACUGGGAGCCUGUUGAUGUCUGUUCUGGCUUCUUCUUGGAGUACGCCUAUCAGCUAUUUCAGGAAAAUGACUUGGCCACGAUACUGAGCAGUGGAACUACCAAGGACACUUUUGCCAUAUUUGAGGAUUUGGAAGCAAAGAGGAUCUACAAAGUGAAGGUGUUCAUUGUAACAUCGGGGGGAUGGAAUCCUCAGAAGUUUCUCUGGAUUAAUGCUACUACGAGAGCUUCAGCCCCUGAGGCAGUGCAGCACUUGACAGUGUACAAGACAGGGCGGCAGGUGGUGGGGCUGCGGUGGGCCAGACCCGCUAGAGUAUUUGGUGAGCUGGACCGCUUCCUGGUGAUCUACCUGUCGAGUGGCGGCCAAUUGUCGGUGGACACAGAGGUUGAGCCAACUCACUGCACCAUCUGGCCUCUCUGGUAUUGCUACACCAUCACUGACCUGACUCCAGACACUCAGUAUAGCAUCACGAUAAGAGCACGCAAUAAAGAAGUCCCAGAAUAUGGAACGGCUAGUACUGCAGUUGAGGCAGUGACUAGAGAAAGAGCACCUGAGAAGCCGACAAAUCUGAAAGUGGUGAAUAUAACCUCCACAAGUUUUGCACUGUCCUGGGGUUAUCCCAUGAAAGCCAAUGGAAUCCUCCGAUCCUUUCUGGUGACCUUAGCAGAGACAGAGAGGGUGGAUUACGAGAACUGCUGCAAGGCCUUCCCAAACAUCGAGAUUGAGGUGACAUCGGAACAGCCCACAUACGAAACUGAGAUAGUGGGACUUAACCCAGCAUCCACCUACGCAGUGAGCGUGACAGGCAAGACAAUCGUGCUAGGUGCCCCGGAGAGCCUGACAGUCCACACUCGCGUGCCUCGGCUGGCUGUCAGGAACGUCCCUGUGGUAGAAAUACCGGGUGGCUAUGUAGUGGAAUGGCUUCCACAGGAGAUGACAUUGGAAGCCAACUCAUCUCAAUUGUACCUACCACUGAUCCGAGGAUACCUACUGGUGCUCUUGAGCAGUGAGGGGAGAUCUCCGGACAGUUCUGGAGUCAGGGACAAGCAGCUCUAUUCUCUCAUGGAGUCAGCUUUAAACUCCAGCUUCAUCGCAGUCAAAGACUACAGAGGGAAUUCCACCCUGAAUGUGGGGGCUGAAGGUACGUACGAAGGCUUGUGGGGUGGUAGUAGCUGGGAGCUGAAGGAGCUACACACAUACUCUCUGGCAGCAGUACAGAUAACCAAGUACUUCAAGUCCUUCUCUGUUGAUGUCGCUCUCUCCAAACCCUUCCAGGCAGUAUACUCUGCAGAUGUCACUGUGUCUAAUGAAAUUCCAAAGGAUACCAGAUAAUGUGUUAAACAAUACAUCAUAUGUAUUGUACUUAAAAUUACUGUAUAAGUAGACCAACAAGACUUUAUUAUACCUUAAUGUUAUUUCUAAAAUGUAACUUGAAUUAUAUUUUUCCAACUCA